AUGCCCCCCGUCGUCUAUGCCGGCGCACUCGCGCCCAAGAAGAAAUCAGAACUCCAGGAAAUCGCGUCCGCCCUCCGCAUCAGCGACCAGGGCACAAAGGACGAGCUCGCAGGUCGCAUCAAGGCCCAUCUCGACAGCAACCAGGACACGCUCGAGGACAACCCAACCUUCUCUGGUCUCUUCGGCCGCAGAAAGCGCAGUGUCCAGCCCCAGCCAGCGCCUCCGAGCACUCGAUUCGCUCCACCCGAGGAGAAGCCAAAGUCAUCCCGUCGAGUAGCACCCCUCGACCCAAUCAAAGAGUCAACGCCAGUCAAGGAUCUUCGCGACGUCUCAACCUUCCUCAAGCACCCAAUCUCUCCCUUCGACAGUACACCGAGUCAAUCGCCGCGUCAAGUCGCUGAUCCUGUCACCCCGAGCAGUUUACCUCCAUUGCCGCCAUCCCCGGUCAAAAGCAUCAUCGAACGUCUACCGAACACCACCGAAGUGAAAGCUGCCGUCCAACAAUUUAAGCAACAAGAAAUUCUACAACAUAGCAAUGAGCUCUUGAUUGCAUUCCGUGCCUUCCUGUCCAACUCGCGCAACAUCUGGUCAUUAACCGCCCUAUUCGAGCUCCUCUACGUCCUCUACACCAUCAUCCCAUGGCAAAUUGUCCAGGUCCCAAUCUCUCCUCGACGCGACGCCGGGCCAUCAUUUCCCCUGCACUACCCUCCACUCAGCGUCUUCCAAACAUCAGCCUUCUGGCUCGUCCUGCUCCACUGGGCACUCCCAACCCUCAUCAUCCCCUCCUUCGUCGGACGCAUGAUCUCCUUCAACCCGCUAAACAACGCGCCGGCGCCUUCCAAGGCUGACAUCAAAACAUCCUCCCCGGCGGCCCCUAUCGCACCUUUUGAUCCCUUAACCGCGUCGAUCAUCCGCCUCGCGGCCCAGGUUGCCUACCCUUACGCCUCCAUCGCAACCAGCGUGGACAUAGUCGGGCUCGACGUGCUCGGCUCGCACUGGCGCGUCCUCAGCGCCUCUGUGGGGCUCGCCUUCGCCUUUGCGGAGGCAAUUGCCGGGGCGCCGCAGGUACUGGCGAAGACACUUCUCCGCGAGCAACGCCAUACCAUUGCCAUCCGCGACACUCUUGACGACGACGACGACGACGACGAGAGACAAUUGACCCCGCGCCGCCUCGCGCUUAUGGCGCUCGGGGAAACGGUCGACGCAGAGGUCGACUGA